CACUUACACACACCCCUACUCAGACACACUCACACACACCCCUACUCAGAUACACACGCACCCCUACUAACACACACCCUACUAACACACACCCCUACUCACACACCACAUUGUCUGCGUUCGGCUCUCCCUUCCCACUCUGCCUCCAUCUCCCUUCCAGGAUGCACAGACGACUGCUCUCUCUCUGGGUGACCGGGGCGCUGCUGCUACCCUUGUGCCGGGCUCCAUGAUGUAUCCCCCUGGGGGCCAGACCAGCUCCAUGAUGUAUCCCCCUGGGGGCCAGACCAGCUCCAUGAUGUAUCCCCCUGGGGGCCAGACCAGCUCCAUGAUGUAUCCCCCUGGGGGCCAGACCAGCUCCAUGAUGUAUCCCCCUGGGGGCCAGACCAGCUCCAUGAUGUAUCCCCCUGGGGGCCAGACCUCCCUCCUGCCUCCAUACGCAAACAAAGAGGACUAUGAGGAGGAAUAUGAUGACUAUUCUACACAAACACCAGACUAUGACUACACCGCCACCUUCGAUUACACCUAUUUCAGUAACACCACCGGCCAUGAGGACUAUAGUUUGUAUGUCAUUCUAGGAGAGAAGAAGAAUGUGGAGGAGAAGGAUCUUGAGAAUAAGGCUUUAGCGAUUGGCUCCCCAUGCCCAGUGCUACUCCUCGGAUUGGCUGCUCACCAACUCCAUCGAUUACUGUGAAUGAAACCGAGCACUGCAGAACAUACACAGAUAUACAGGACCCUGAACUGAGCAGAAAGUUACCUAAUAUUCUGGAAUUGGACUGAGGAGAAAGCUACCCAAUAUUCUGGAAUUGGACCUUUUUAAGGAUCAAAUGGACACAGCAUGAGAUUCUCCACCACUGACCUUCUAUACUAUAGUUGGAAAAACUCAGUGACUCCUGAAUCCUAACUUAUGAAAGAAGCCCACAACUUGAAUUCAUAAACAUCUCCCAUAAUAAUAUUUGCAUUGUAUGCACGUCUCAAGUUGUAAGAUCAAAUCAAAAUCUAAAUCAAAUGUAUUUAUAAAGCCCUUCUUACAUCAGCUGGUAUCUCAAAGUGUUCUCAAAAUACAGAAACCCAGCCUCAAACCCCAAACAGCAAGCAAUGCAGGUGUAGAAGCACAGUAGGAAAAACUCCCUAGAAAGGCCAAAACCUAGGAAGAAACCUAGAGAGGAACCAGGCUAUGUGGGGUGGCCAGUCCUCUUCUGGCUGUGAUGUGUCCCUUAGAGUAAUAAUAGCACAAAGCCAAUAUACCCCACGUAUUCCAUCUUGUUUGGACUUCAUACAAACUAAUAUGUAUAUUAUACAUGCUGUUUAUCUUUUAACACAUCUUUUACAAGUAUGUUUUGUUUCUGUUUGAUAUUCUGUUAUGAAAAUAUAAUGCUUUCUACAACCAUA